GUUCAGGAUCAAACGCUUUGCUCCUUAAUUUUACACCAACAAAUCCUUGAAGAUGAGUUCCAUUGACCAUCGAUACGACGAACUUAUUGAUUUAUUCCAAAGAUGCCCCCGAACAGCAGUUUUCCGAGAUUUUCGCAACCUGAAUCUCGUACGUAUCCUGCAGCUACAGGCUACUAUUGAUGAAUUUGAAAGGAGUUUUGAAUCUCCUUCCAUCGGAGCUAGCAACGGGGCUACAAAUACAACAAACCCAUCGACCUCUGAAGCACACUCCGCCAAGCCAGUCCUCCAAGUUGACAUGGCCCAAUGCAUCUGGCCGACACUGAAAGAAUAUUAUGAGCGUAUGCUGCUAGAUGUCCAGAUCCAGAGCUUGCCAACUCCCGAGGAAUGCGACCUCAACUAUCUACGCCUGAGCCUUAAGAAUGUUGCUGGAUUGACAGAGCAUGAAGUUUCUCUGUGGAAUCACGGAGACGACUUUGUUGCCCUAUUCGCCGAUCCCCACGAAGAAUUUGACCGUUUUACGCGCUGGGUCUUCAAUAGGCUUGAACUUUUCCAUGACUACGUCCGUAAAUUCAAGAAAGUAGACGACACACUACCUGUUGAAACGUAUGCAUACAAUAGACGAGCCCUUGCUUCUAUAGUCACCGUGUUCUCAGCCAUCAUGGCUGUUUUGAUCAACGUUUCUUCCAUCUACAUCUUAUACUACAUAGAUAGUAUGCAGACGAGGUUGGGAGUUAUCAUGAUCUAUACCGCUCUCUUUGCAUUGAUGAUGAUGGUCCUUACCAAUAGCGGGGGAGCCAACAUCUUCCCAGCUACCGCUGCUUACGCUGCUGUGCUAGUCGUUUUUAUUGGAAACAAUAACAAUAACAACGGCAGCUAGAAUUCGGACGAGCAGGAUUGUCAAUACCUGGUGACAUCUACAUAUUUGCAACGUCGGAUAUGUUAGUCAACGGAAUUUGAUACUCCUUGAGUCAGGACGUUCUGCGAAAUUCUUACCAGCAAGACCGACGACCGCACCUGGUACACGGAGGCUAUCCAAAAUACUGGUAUUUCCCAAUUUGUAUAGUUCUCUUACCUUUCUUGAUUGUUUUAUCUUUACUUCUCUCAUAUUCUUUCCUCGUCAUGUAUUAUUUUUACUCUCUUUUCAUGGUGGAGCUGUAGGCUGGUGUCCGUACACAUAAGUAGAACUUGAUCUAUGGACAUGCAUACGGCACACGAAGUCUACGAUGGGGUCGUGUUACAUUCGCCCAGUGUAUUUCUUAUAACUUACUGUCUUUUGAAUACAACAA